AGCAGCGUUCAUGCGUAUAGUGGGAAAAGGGCUUUCCUGGUGUUGAAGCAUGACUUUCCCGCGACCACAGCGAAGGCGCCCAUGGUCUUGGCGAAUAUCAGCAACCUGCUCGACAGCAUGAACCGCGAUCUGCUUCAGACAGGCGCCUGGAUCAAUGUCGUGGGCUAUGUCAGAAAGUCGGUC